GAUAAUUGCGUGGAAUUAUUUUUUAAAUAUAAAGAGGAAUUUGAUAAUACUAUCUCAAGUGAAACACAGGGGAGUAUAAACCCUUGUCUAUAUUGUAAUAUAUAAGAUGGCAAUUUAAUAAUUACUUAUGAAAAUUUUACUACUGCUUGUCAGAAUAUUGGUAAAUAUAUAAUUAAAAAAAGAUAUAGUUAUAAAACUGAUAGCAACAAAUGCUGUAAAUACAUGAAUUACCGGAUAAAUAAAGAAAAUUAAUAUAGUAAGGAUUAUAGUUGGUUUAAUGGAUAUAAAGAAUUUUCCACCAAUAUAGAUAAUACAUGUAUUCGAGAAAUAAAAAAAAUUGAUAAAUAUAUUUUAGAGAAUUUAUAUGAGGAUUUUAUGAAUUUUACAUCUCAAAAGGAUAAAGCCACAAUUAGUUGAGAAAAUCCUAAAAAUUGUUAUAAAUUUUACAUUGAAAAUUACAAGGAGUGUGAAGAAAAUUGAAUGAACGAAUUUUGCGAAGAGUUAAGCAAUUUUAAAAAAGCAUAUGAUGAAACAAUGGGAGAUGUAUCUAUAUGUCCACAUGUACCAAAAAUUUCAGCACCUCCAAAAUGUUAUAUGUUUGCUACUAGUUUAACAACAACUGUCAUAUUAUUAUCUUUUAUACUAUUUGUUUUAUAUAAGGUUAAUAAAAAUUAUGCACAAUAGUGUGAAUAUUGUACCAAAAUGAGUAGGUUCAUGUUCGUAAAAAAUUACUUGCACAGUCUUUUAAAAAGGAAAAAAAUAAUUGAGCUUGAAGAACAAACAAGAGAAUUCUUACAAAAUAUACAAAAUGAAAAUAUAAAUUAUACAGAAACUUUUCAUAAUAUAACUUAACAACCUCACAGAGAU